CUUACUUUGAAGGAGAUGAUUUAAAGAAACUUACUGAAGAAGUAGCAAAAGCCAGAAGUUUUUUAAAGCAGGCAAAAUCUUUGAGGUUAUUACUACAAAAUUGGAAUACUGAACCAAAAGAACAAUUCUGUCUUUAAAAAAGUGCUCAGGAUUAAAUUUUAUACCAAACAAAGGACGCUGAAGAUGGAUUGGAGUGAUACCACUAGCCUGCUUCUCUUUAAUUGUAUGCGUAAAGCUUCCAGCCCUCAAGCGAAGAGGAAAGAUGUACUCUUGUUGUCUCUAAACUUCUGGCAGAGAAGAGAUUACAGAUGAUAAGUGAUGCUAAUUUACUUCACUUGCAGGUUUUGAGACUUGAAGUAAAUCAAGCCUGCACUCUCCCAAGCCUAGUCAUAAACAAGGAUAGUUUCCAACGUGGUUAAUAUAGAUUUUUAGAAAAUCUAGUGAUUUAUAUAUAGUAGUUAUACACAACUCUUGUUCUCCUCAGGCUGGGAAAAAAAUUUUUACUGCAUCGAUCCUUGUAAUUGCUUCGAAUCAAUUGGGUGGUUAUGUCAAAGAUGUGCUUUUUUGGCAAUUGCUUUGAGACUUGUUUGCUGUGCUCUUACCCCUAACAGAUGUGACAGAGGUUAUGAUACUAGAAAGGGAAUUCUUUACUCCACUUUGAAUAGGAAGUCCAAGAAAUAAUCUUUAGUGUAGAAAACAACGCUUGGAAUGAAUGUUUUUGCCAAAAGAAGUUUGCUAAUAAUUGUUUCUACCUUUUUCAUUUUAUGUUGGCAGUAGAGUAGGAAUUAAAGUGGAUGAUUCAGAAAUCUUCAGACAUGCAAAGAAGAAAUAUCUUGAUAUUCUUAAGCAUGGUUAUUGUUUGUAUAACCAGACACUGCCAGGUCUUCUAAGUAAUUCUACUAAAUUCUUACAUGUUUCCUGUCAUAGAAAGAUUAAAAAUUUUUUCCAGUACCAUUACAAGAAAUCAAAUUUAAACUAACUACAGUAUCGAGUCCAUUUUUUUCCAAUUUAUUUAUGAAUACACUUUUUGUAAUGAGGAAUUCAGUGAUGACGCUUCAUUAGCAUUUUGUAGGUGUUUACUGUUGUCUUCAGAGGUCUAGGAAUUCAUCUCAGGUUUUAGUAUAUGUAUAUUUAUGAAAAACAAUCCAGAUGCAAAAUACAGAUACUUGGUCUGAAUUUAUUCAGGAGCUAUUCACAUGUCCUGAGUGCCAAGUGAUGGGAAUGAUUUGAUAUGGGAGAUACUCUCUUUUCUUUUCCUCUAUCUGUUUGUCUCUAUAAAGAAUUAAAACUAUUUCUAUCAUAAAAGUCUCUUUUUAGCCUUGUAUCCCUGCCCACCACUGCCUCCUGCCUUCCUUGUUAGUACCAAUCUCGUGGAAUACUGCAGUUACAAGGUGCCUUACGCUAAGUAUCACUGUCCUGUGAUUUUUAUUAGUAUAUUUUAUAUGUGUUGGUAUGUGUGUAACUACUAAGAUGCUUUGAUAUGAAAAUCUUGGUUGUAAAUCAAUAGGACUGAUUACAUUUUUAUUGAAUGUAUGUAAAUGUUAGAUGAUGAUUAAUGACAAAAGGGAUGGAAAGAUGCUUAUUUAUUCCUUGAGGAUUUAAGAAGUGUCACAGUGCUGUAGCAUAUAUUCUGAUAUUGUUAUAGAGGGCUUUAAAAGGUAAUAUACUUGUGCAGGUACGUUAGUGAUAUCAUAGACUCUUUAUGAAGUAAGAUAGUAAUGCAUAUGACAAAUUUUGCGAAUGUGGGUAAGAAUCAGAACAUUUCUAUGUGUUGUGUUAGAUUGCAGUCUGCACACCUCUCAUUCACAGCCUUUUUUUUCUGUAUGGUAUUGUUAUUUUUUGUAGAUUUUACUCAUUCAAAACAACAUAGUUUAAACAAUAUCUCGUAGACUGGUCAUCAAUGGAUCUAUGUAAUCCGAAGUUCACUGUAAUAUACACUAAUACUCAUCUCUUGUUUGUUUGCAUUAGUUUAGACUGGUCAUUUGUUCAUAGCUCUGGUUCUCUUGAGCGUACUCCCAGGUUCAGACAGUAGACUUAAAUACAUGUUAGGAUUUUGUGAGUUGUCGUCUUGCUGGUGGAGUGAGCUAAGGGUUCCUCAGCCUUCCGCUCAAGAAAAAUGCAACAGAAAAGUAAGGAACAAAUUCUUACAUUAUAAUUUUUGUAACCACAGAAGCUCUAAAACUGUUGGGAGUUGCAGUAUUUAGCCAUUGCAUCCCAUCUAACUUCACUUCUUUUGGAAGUGUUUUCAAGCUGUGUAGCCUCCCUUUCCAUGCUUCUGAAGCCUUGUUGUCUUGCAGGUUGGUCAGUCCUGCUGCCUGCAGAGCAGCUCCUUCCUUUAAAAUACAGUUUCUGUUGCCUUCCUAUUACCUACCCGGAAACUCUAGUCCUACCUGCUCCCAUCAAUCUGAGGACUACUUAGUCAGGAAAACAUUUUAAGGAGGUGGGUCAGCAAUGACGACAUUAAUCAAGUGCUCUGUUAAUGGCUUUUCUAUGUUGAUCAGUCAUGUAUAUGUCAUUUGCUUUUCUGGUUCAUGCUUCCUGGAAUGCAAUUCACUGUAUUCGAGCCAUAAUAAAAGAGGAGUUUUAUAAUUGACAAAGCUGUGUAUUUUUCUGCCAGCUUGUUUGUAUAAAUGUCUUUGCUGUGGCUCACUGAAUAUGUUGAGUUGCAUGUAGUGAAUUAAAGGCAAACAGCUAAACCAGUUGUUACCCUGAAGGAUGUGUUCAACUCCUUAUCAAAGAUUGCUGGCUUCAUAGCAAGAAUGGGUAACCUCUGUGUGAGUGCAGAUGUUCAUAUUAGCUUAGUAUGAACUGGCAGUUCAGGAACUCCUUUGUGUGUGCUUCAGCCAUACCUGCUUCGGGGGAAAACAGCCGACAGAAGAGGGGGAGAUGGCUUGGGACAGUAACAAAUUCAUCCAUCUAACUAUGCCUGAACUUGAGACAACCCCAGCAAGUUUAUGUGGCUUCUAAGGAAGAAGUCAGCAAUAAGCCGUGUUGUGGCUCUGCCCUAUGGAAUUCUGUCCAGUAAGAAUUUAUCCAUGUUUGUAGGCAUAUUAUCUCUUAUCAGUGUUUUUCUAGAUUUGAAACCACAAAGUUCCAAGAUUUUAGGCACCCAAAAGUGUCAGUACAACUCAGUAAUAAGAAUUUUCAUUCAAUCAUUUUAAUGCAUCUUGACCAGUUAGAUAUAUGUAGGAUACAUUUCAUUCCAUGAAACUUCAGUCCUCUGUGAAACAACCUCAAGCAGAUGCUUAUUAGAUAUUUGAUUUCUGAAUAGUUUUGAGAGAGAGAAUGGAAAAUCUAGUUUCAGAAACCUGCGAGCAUCAGAAAAUAUCCUAUUUUUUUACCUGUGUCUUUUAUAACAGAUAGAAUCUAGAGUUUAGGUAUCUGUCUAUACUGAAUGCACUGAUGGAACUACAGUACAAAGAAAUUGAUGAUCCCUGUCUUAUCGUAUGAGGCUUCAUCAUUUAGAAUCUUAAAUUCUACCCAGAGUGUGAUAGGUAAAAUAGACAGACCUUGUAGACUAGAAGUUUACAUGCUUUCAGUGGUAGGGGCUUCCUCUGUCAUUGUGGCCACAGUUACGAUGGCACUGAGGCUCUUUACUUUGUAGUUCUUUCUUUAUUGGUUAAGAACCUGGUGUCUUUUAGAGGGUGUUUCCUUUUUCCUUUCCUACUUGGACAAUUCUGCAUAUUAUGUUACAAUUUCUGGGUUAUAAUAACAAUAGAGGUAAAUAGAAAAUUGUAAAUGAAACUUAGUAGAAAUUAAGACAAGAUUUUAAAAGAUAUCUGACUGUCAUUAUGCAAAAUAAAUCCUUCUCUUCCAUCUAUCCUAAGCCACCUCCUGUGCCCUCUUAACUCCUGCAGUGUUUUUAUGGGUAUGAAAACAUAUGUAAUAGUAAUGAUGAUCUCUAAUUCUCUUUUCCAGUGCAAUAACAGAAAAACUUUGAAUUAAAAGGAAACCUGCUAGGGUUUGUCUUCCAUAAUCUUUUUAAAUCUGCAUGUGUUAAUAUAUAUAUAGCUCCUGCAUUUUUCAGUUUUCUCUGUGACUCCUAUAUGUAAGAAGGCAAACUCUCCUCCCUGUUCUCUACAAAGAAACAUGCCUUUAUUCAGUACAAUGCAGUGUUUUUAUUUAUGAUGCAUUUAGUUUUUAUUCCUUCCUUUAAAUGUUGUACAAACUGUCCCCCUUUCUAACAAACCUAAGAGCCGAUAAAGGGCAUGCCCAUUAUUGCUAUUACAAGUUGCUUUGUUUCUUCCUGUAAUACACCCUACCUUGUCAAUGUAGCCUCUGAGUUACCAUUUCAUUUGGCAUAUAAAUCACUCUGCAGCAUGCAAAAGCAACCACAAAUGCAGAGUAAACGAGAGCCUAACUUCACAAGUAUUUUAUAUGGCACAUUCCAAGCUGUGCGUUGAAGUAUUCAUGUGUGCUUUAUUCCUUCCAAGAGGAAAUGAUGAAAUACGUAGAAUCGUAAAACAAAUAAAUACACAAAGAUCAGGAAAAAGGAAGGGAUGGAGUGAGAAUAUUUAUUUUUGCUAAUGAAGAUCUAAGGGAUUUUAAAACAAUCUGAGUUCUCAGCUUUGCAGCUAGCUGUCUGAUUAAUAUAAUAGAAAAACCCUGAUUUUUUAAACUUUGAGAAAGAUGUUUAAAGUAUUUGAUAUGCUUGCUUCUAGAAAUACUGUAUCUGAUGAUAUUAAAAAUAAAAACCCAUUAACAGAUGGCAGAACAUGAAACAAAACAGCAUAGUAUCAUCGCUUUAAACAAUAUAUGUGCGUAUAGAAAAUAUGCGUUUUGUGUAAUAAUGGGAAUAAGAAUCUGCGUCUUCUCUCUUCUGGCAUGAAACUGCAGAAUGACCCCAGAAAGACUUAGCAGGAUGCAGUGAAUAAAUUAUGGCCACCUCUCUUCUGUGUUAUGAGAAUAAGAGUAACAGGUGAGGUACACAAUACCCAUUCUGAAAAGCUCUUCUGGCUAAGGUGGAACCCAAAGUCAAGUUAAAGUAGUCUUGGUUUAUUUUCACUGAGAGAUGAGGGAUAGAUAUGCUACGAAUAUGCUGACCAGGUGCUUUGACUUGUGGAGGAGUUCUUUAGUAGUCUAGGGAUGGAUGGAAUAGCCACUCUCUUUCUCAGGCAAAAUGAUAAAAUCUGAGUGCUGUGACCAUCUCAACCAAAAGAACUCUGUACUCCUGGGGCUUUUACUCUGAGCUGGGUUUGUUACUCAUUUUGCAACCUGAGAAGUGCAAAUUAGCUUGACAGGUUUAAAGGUUCUAAUGCAGACUACAAGGACUUCAGUGCAUAUAUGUUAUGCUAAAAUAUAUUUGCCUAGGUGUCAGUCUAAGUCCUUGUCAACAUGUGACCAUUAAAUUGCAUUUAAAUUGCAAAGUCACGUAUGAACUUGAGAUAUUUCUAACAUGCCAACACUUCAAAUUGUAGUCAUUUAUAUUUAGAUUUGGGAGUGUUUCUUUAGCAUCUUAACUACUGCUUUGAGGCCUAAUUUUAGACACACCCAUCUAAAAAUGUUGGCUUUGAUUUCUUAUUGUUUAAUUUGCAAAAGGAUGUGUGUUUUAAGAGUGCUUUAAAAUCUUAGGAUCAGAGAACUUCUAUAAUAAUAAUAAAUUAACUGAUUAAUAAAUUUUAAAUGCACUAUUUAAGAAUAAGUCUUUUCCUGUUCUAUUGUGUACCAGUUAGUUUGCUGCCUGUACUUCACUCAUCCUGGAAGUGAGAGAACAAAACCUUGCACCUACGUUGCAAAUACAAAAUUGGACUGGGGAUGAAGAUAGAAGAAUCAGGAUGAAAGUGCGAAGUACCUUUGUCAAACAAGAUUUUUCUUUCUUCUCUGUAUCCAAAUUUAGAUUGAAAACCAUAGGUGGAAAGGAAACAUACUUCUAUUCAGCCUGCUAUUAGAUGAGAUGUAUCCAACCAAAGUUUCACACUGUGAGAGAUCUGUUUUCAAACACUAGUGCUAAGACUUUCUCUCCAGUUUUUCUUAAGAACCUUUUUCUUUGUACUUUUCAAGAACCCUGGCUGAGACAUUUUAGUGAUCUAGUACAACUUAUCUACAGAAUGAUGUUACAGUAAUAUAUUUGUGCUGCCUAGUGUGUUAUCAAUGGUUUUACCAGGUAACAGUAAGAUAUUUAGAAGGAUCUGAUGUGGAGAUCUUCAUUUAUUUAUUUAUUUAUUUCCUGAAAAGGAACGUAAAUUAUGUAUAAAUUAAGCCCUGCCCUUUUUUGGCUCCCAGCCCAGCCACCAGCUACAAAGGAGCAGGAACAACAAAAGGACCUGAGCACACGUGAACAUCUCGAUGUUUGUCUAGAGUACCUGAUGCCCUUAAGUUACUAAUUGUCCGGCAAAGAGAAGUCUCACCAUCUUACUUGGACAGGAAGCACGGGGAUAACACUGACAUCCAGGAUUCUACCAAGGUUGUGAUGCAAGAACGGUCUACAGAGGAGCUCCACAGGGGCCACCCAUGUGAGAGCAAACUAACUGAGCACACUGAACCACUGGUUAAAAGCAGAAAGACAGUGGUGACAGGAGGUGGAGGCUACCUGGGAUACAAUCUGGGAUGUGCUCUUCUUAAGUCAGGCGUUGCCGUUGUUCUGUUUGAUGUACGGAAACCUAAGUGGGAAAUUCCAAAUGGAGCAGAUUUUUUCAAGGGUGAUGUGAGGGAUUAUGAUGCAGUGUUCAAAGCAUGUGAAGGGGCAGACUGUGUUUUUCAUGUGGCUGCUUGUGGAAUGUCAGGAUUAGAACAACUUCAAAAGAAAGAACAGAUUGAAUCCAUAAAUGUCGGUGGCACAAAAAUAAUAAUUGAUGUCUGCAAACAAAGAAAUAUCCCUAGACUGAUAUAUACCAGUACGGUGAAUGUGGUAUUUGGAGGGAAUACUAUUGAAGAAGGAGAUGAAGAAACUGUGCCAUAUUUUCCACUGGAAAAGCAUUUUAAUCAUUAUUCUAGAACGAAGGCAAUUGCAGACCAAAUGGUUCUUGCUGCUAAUGGAACCUUACUCAAAGGAGGUGAUAAGCUCCAUACUUGUGUGCUUCGUCCACCAGGCAUAUAUGGACCAGAAGAACAGCGCCACCUGCCACGAGUAGCUAUAAAUAUCCAGCGGAGACUAUUUAACUUCAAGUUUGGGAAUCACAAAGUUCAGAUGAACUGGGUUCACAUAGGAAACCUAGUACAAGCUCACUUACUAGCUGCUGAGGCUCUCACCUCUGAGAAGGGUUAUGUAGCAAGUGGACAGGCAUAUUACAUACACGAUGGCGAAAAUGUCGUAUUUUCCGAAUGGAUAGUCCCUUUAUUUGAAAAAUUAGGCUAUAGGAAACCCUGGAUACAUAUUCCUGUUCUCCUGGUUCACACAGCAGCCACUGUGAUGGAGUAUCUGCACCUGGCACUAAAGCCAGUUUUUAUCUUUACACCUUUCUUGACAAGGAAUGAGGUGUGGAACGUUACUGUAACUCACACUUUCCGAAUAGAUAAAGCACGAAAUCAACUUGGUUACAAACCAAAGAAAUUCUCAUUAGCUGAUUCUGUGGAUCAUUAUCUUAAAACAAGACCUAUUUGCCAAGAAGAUCAUACAUUCCUUAAAAUGUUGUUUGCUUUUGGGCUUUUAUUAAGUUUGAUGAUUCUUUAUUUCUUCUAAAACCAAAUAGCUACCCACCUGUUCCAGAAAAACUAAUUUUGUUUCUGAGUAUUAAUGAUCUCGUCAUAGUAUAUUCCUCAGUCACUAUGGAAUUUAUUGUUCUUAUUCCUUAUUCUUAUCACUGUGAUGACUUCUCUCUGAUCUUAAAAACAAACAAACAAACAAAAGUGAAAAUGCAAAGCACAUCAAGAAGUGUUCUCAUAGGACAAAAGCAAAGGAGUGUCACAAAAUCAAAGGAGUUCACCACCAACAGGUGCAGGAAGAGAUUUAAUGAAUCUUCGUUAAUGGAUUACUUCAUACUGAGAAUAUCUUUCUAAAAAUGAUAAUCCAGGAGCAUAAGAAAUUGGAAGAGGAACCAUUGUAGCACUGCAGUGCUGUAGCAAGGUAGUGGCCGUAAUGAAGAAACUGCUCUGAUGAAGCCGCUGCUACAGCUGUGUGAGGAAUUAUGAAGACCUGGGAAAUAUAUAUAAAAAAAAGAAAAGUAAAUAUUUAUACAAUAUUUAUAUAUAACAGGUGGGAGAGGACUGAAUGUCAUAUUUAUGUGAAAUAGUUUGUUGUUCAAAACCUGUGUAAAAGAUGUAAUAAUGUAUCAUUACACGUGUUUGUAAAUGAAAUAUUUUUUUGAUGCAGUAAUAAAUCAUAACUGAAUCAGCUACUGUUUUUAAGGAGUCUGUGCAAAGGGAGAGGGAUGACACAUAAGACUGCUGGAGUUCAGCAAGGAGUUACUGCUGCCUCUCCUUGUAAAUGAAGCCAAGUCAUGCUAUCCAUAACCCUGUACCAGCGCUGGUACACUGCUCGCUCAGUGACUUGCUACUGCAGUGUCAGCAGGCAAACCAAGCACUCGGCCCUGAGUGAGGAUCCAACCUCCCUCUUCUCCUUCCUUAAGAUUUACAUUAGUUGCUUCUUGGCUGGAUUAUACUACAUGAGCUACAUGUGCUGCACAUGUACUAUGUGUACAUAUACAAUGUGUAUGCCAGAUGAAUU